GAAGACUGUGAGGGAGGCCAGAAGAUCUGGCCACCUGUGUGGGUUUAUGGUAUCAAUGAUCACUUGGACGUUCCAACUGAACUUCCGGAGGAGCUUGAGUGUACUGGCUGCUUGGGCGCCGACUUCCGACAGCUCUGCUCCCUGGUCAAUGCAGCUGUCCACCCAGCAUUCCGGCAGAAGAAAGUCCGAGAAGCAGUUUCCAAGUCUCCGCUGCCUUCCUCACAUGAAAGAGGGAGAAGGCCAAGCUUCACAGCCAAGGUUCCUGACCUUACUCGAGCAUCAUUGAGCAUCGGAUUGUUCAUGGCCCAAGAAGAAGUAAAACAUGCCAAAGAAGGACCAAACUUCUCUGCGAAGUCUGUUCUUUUUGACCGCGUGUCCAUGGGCCUGCUAAGCCUUCUUCUACCAACUGUCCGCAACAUCAAGGUCUUAUGUUUCUCAGACUGCAACCUGGAUUGUGAAAUGUUGCGGCUGCUCGCUGCUGGUUUGGUGUCAGACUGUUCGGUGGAGUCGCUACAGAUCGAAUGGAAUAGCUUGGACUUGCCAUUGCCCUCGUUAGACGAAGAGGCACAGCUUCAAGAGGAGGCGGAGCGCGAUGUAGAGGUGAGCACGUUCGACCGGGCUUCUGGCAUUCUGGAGGCAAGAGAGCGCAAACGAUACACCAUGCAGUCUGACCGACUCUUGUUGAAUUUCCGCGAAUGGCUGGAAUCGCGCUUCCAUUCCUUGGAGGCCGCCUGGGCAAUCCUUGAUGAAGCAGGUGUGGAUUGGGAGGCCAAGCUGCAGGCUCCAGAAUUUCAUGUGGCUCUCUUUGAGAAGCUGAGUGUCAGUGGACAGCAGGUAUUGGAAGUCUUUGAAGUGCUGGAUGGCCCUGACUAUGAUGCUGACGGAGGACAGGUGAGCCUGGAGGUGCUGAAGGAUGCAUUGCAGAGCUUGCCGGACAUGAGCCCCAAGGAGGAUGACCCGCUGGGCCUCAGCUUGGCAGGGUUGCUGGAGCCCAGCUGCGUAUUGGAGUCUGUGAGCUUCCGUGCUUGUGCCAUUAGUCGCUUUGAGCUGGGCCCCAUCAGCGCUAUGCUCUCAAAGUGCCCGUGGCAGCUGAGGGCUUUAAACCUCUGGGAGAAUCGCAUUUGCGACCACGGAGCAGAACUCCUUGCUUCAGCGCUGGACGCAUACCGUGGCUUAGAAUUUCUUGGCUUAGGUCGAAAUCGCAUUACGGAUUCGGGGCUUGAAGCGCUUUGUCAGCCUUUCAAACCUGUACAACUUGACAAGGUGGAACUCGCAGCUGCGCGCGACCGCAUUGCGAAGCAAGAGGCGGCCACAAAGGCAGCUGCUAAAGACAAGGAGGUUCUCAAAGAGGGGCGUCAGAGACGUUCUCCUGUACCCUUGGUGGAUGAGCUCGAGGAGCGAGGCGAAGAGACUUUUCUGCGAAAACUGUCCGAACUUCGGUGCUUGGUUCUAUCCGAGAACCCUAUCAAGAGCGCGGAUACGCUGGAGGCGAUCCAGCCAUAUGGACCAAGAGGAGCAGAUUUGUUAUUGAGAUGCACUGCCGCUGCAGCUGAGCUUGGGCAGCGCCGGCCCGAGCUCUUAAAGGAAAAGGAGCGGAAGCCACUCCUGAAUCUAGGCCACGCGCCGGCGAAGGAUUCAUCGCCGCCUGAGGGCUGGGUACUGCGCCUUUUUAGUUUGCCUCAGUCUCUGUGCCCAAAUUGUUUAAAGGCAUAUUGCUCUGAAACGUGUCCUUUCCGAACCCCCUUUGAGCAGUCCACAGAUUUCACCCUUGAUCUUGGUCCAGCCAAAGAUCGUAAGUGA